UUUGCACUAAGUUUAGUGUCAUGUAGCUGCCUGUACAGUAGCAUCAGCCUGGAUUUACUGCUGGGUAUGGAGCACUUUAUCCACCACUAAACCACCACUAAAGGCAAAUAUGGGGGAGAGCGUGGAUGUCAAGGCUCUGAGGGCCAAGUUUAACAGCAAGUCCAGCACCUCGGACACCAGCAGCCGAGACAGCGGCUCCCCGAAAUCUCCACGACCCGGGUUUGGGAGGGCAAUCCUGCCAGUGACAGAGAGCGAUUUGGCCAAUCACAGGCUGUCUCCUACGGUUCCUCCUCCUCUGAUGGCUGGCCAGGGUCUGAUGAGGUCCCCCAGGGUAGAGCCAAUGGCAGCCUCCAUCCCCUCCAGACCUGUCUCCUACCCUCGACUGCCUCCCAAUCCUGGAGUCAGAACCUCCAUCCAGCCAGUGGACACCAAGGUCAAACAGACAGGCGAGAUGCUACAGAACAUAAUGCUGAGGCACCAGAGGCCUCCAGGCACCAAACCAGCGCCGGCUCCAGCUCCAGUUCAGGCCCCUGCACCAGGUCCCACCUCCACCCCUCUACCACUCCGACAGCAGCCUCGACAGAGGAGCGCAGGAGAUGUGACCCCACUGAGAAGGCCCCUGCCCCCUGAAGGACCUCUGCCUUUGAAACCCAAACGGCCUCCUCAUGUCAACCUGGAGCCCUUUAUGAGGUUCAACCAAAGACCUGUUCUUCCUGGUCCAAGAAAGCAAGGCGCACCUUCCCCAGGCUCAGCAGGCAGAAAGAUGUCUUUACCUGCAGUCAUCAAUCCUCCAAAACCGCCUCAACGCUCCAACAAACCCAGCAGUCUGCCGCGCCAAGUCGCCUCCAUAGACAUUGAGGAUAACCAGGACACCUAUGAUGACAUUGCAAGCUUUGAGAAGAACGAGUCCUGGAGUGACAACAGUUCACAGUGUAUGGAUGGGGAUGACGAAGAUGUGUAUGAGUCUAUUGAUGAGGACCAGGUGGAGGUAAACCGGGUAAACGCUGAGAAGAAAAACAAAAAAGAAGCAAAGAGGAAACAGGAGCAGGAGAAGAGAGAUCAGAUGGAGCGUCAGAAAAAAGAAAAUGAGUUGAGGAAGAACUUUCAGUUGCAAGGGGAGGCGGAGGUUCUUCAUACAGCCAGAGUCCGACAUGACUGGUAUGGGGGAGGAAAACUGGACCUCGGUGUACAACAGGGCGAGAGUGUGGAGAUCCUCCGAGUGAAGAAUAACCCAGAAGGCAAAUGGUUGGCUCGUUCUCUGACUGGAAGCUAUGGAUACAUCAGUAACACAUGUGUGGAUGUUGACUAUGAGGCAGUGAAGCGCAAGUUGCUCCAGAACAGAAAAAUAGACUUAUCACCGUUGCCUCCACCACCUCCAGACCCCCCACAGAUGAUAAAUGUGCAGUCCAAUCACAGAGACAGCAUGCUUGAAGAUGACGAUGACUAUGAUGAUGUUCAACCACUGACUGAGGAUUUCCCCCCACCACCGCCUGAAAUCAGCAUAGAUCCCAAAAUGGAGAAGGACCUAAGAAAAAAGUUUAAGUAUGAGGGGCCUCUCAAGGUGCUGCACACCAUGAUGGUGAAUCCUAACAGCAUCAUAAAGAAGCCAGGAGGGAAGGAUCUGCCCGUGGCUCAGGGAGACAUCCUGGACGUCAUCCAGUUCACCAACAGCAAAAAAGCUCUGUGUCGCAACCGGUUUGGAAGAUAUGGUUAUGUGUCCAGAUCUCUUCUACUUCCAAUGGAAGGAGACAUUUAUGACGAUGUUGACUAUGGAGGCGACAUCUACGACAACGACUCUCCACACACUGAUUAUUAAAACAUGUCAAACUAAACACCCAGACACACACACUGAGAGAGAGAGAAAGAGAGAAAAGAAACAAACUAUAUGAAAAUUAAAAGGUGAAAACUGAAGCUGUAUAAAACUAUAUAACUCCACCCAGAUACACAUUUUUGCUUUAUUUGACUCCAACUGUUGCCUUUAGUUAAACUGCACAGCCAGGCUUCCUGUUACAACUGAGAUGUAACAGACAGCAGCUGUUUGGCUCACAAACUAAAACGAUGGGCGGAUACACACACACACACACACACAUAUACUGUACAUGUCCUGUGCUAAAAAUAACAAACUAAAUCUCCAUCAUUGCAUUGUUUGUCAAACUGCUUGUAUAGAAAAUGAAUACACUAUUACUGUAGCUUUGUGUUUUGCUCGACCUCUGAGAUAAUGUAAAUGAAUAAACUGUUUUUCUGAUAAUUGUGUCCCAAUUAAUGAACUCUUCUUUCUAUUCAAUACUAAAGAAAUGUGCUUAAUCCCUGGAAGUGUUAUGUUUAGUAAAAUGGAGGAGGAAUGUGAACUCUACAUAUCUGCUGAUGAUGGAGCCCUGUGGAAAUGAGGCAGAAGAAAUUAAUCAGGAAAAUAUAUUCAGAAUAUCUUAGGAAUGCAUUAAAAUCACUGUGAGCUUAACAACACGACAACACUAUAAGUCAAGAACUGAAAUAAGUACAGCUGGGCUUUUGAAGCUAAAUUCAUUAAGUCUUUGACAGCAUAAUUAGCAUAACAAGAUGUCAGUUUUCCGUUCGUAAGAAAAGGAGAAAACAUGUCUCAAUAAUAUAUCAUCAAUAAUCUUAUUUU